GCAGCUGAUGUUUACGUUGACUUGACGCAUUAGCCCCAGUGACGGUCGGUCUCUGCUGCUCAGUGUGAGUGUGUGUCCCUCCGAGAGGAAGAAGAAGCCGAGCUGAAGAAGAGGAAGCUCGGGCCCAGCUGCUCCGACUCCCCUCCGGGACUCUGCUCCUCUCCUCCGCCAUGGAAUAACAUAUCUGGGGGGAAAGUUUCUGCCUCAACACGUCAACCAUCGCCCUAUUUUUCUGGAUCUUUUUGAAGGAGAGUUACACCUUGACAGACAUGCUGAUGAUGAGGAUGAUGAUGAAGAUGAUGGUGAUGAGCAGUGAUGCCCAGCAGCAGAAGUUCAGCUCCUGACUGGAGAGCAUGAAGCAACCAGGGAAGUGACCUCUGGACACUACAGGCCGGGGGUGCUACACACUGGCACCAUGGCAUCCAAGGAGAGACUGUACGAGGUCUGGAUGCUCUACUACACUAAGAGGGAUCCUGACUACUUGAAGCUAUGGUUGGAGAUUUUCAUCAGCUCCUAUGAGCAAUGCCUAGAUGUGGACUUUGAAAAGCCACCUUCAAGGCCAGAGGAGGUUCCCCCGGUUUUGACCCUCCUCCCAGACAACAUACUACAGGUUGUGCGCCAUCAGCUGCUGCAGUGCGUCCAGAAAGCCUCCGAUGGCUUGGAGCCUGAACAACAAAACCUGGCUCUGCUGCUACUCAAGUUCCUGAUCAUCAUCUGCAGGAACCUGUCCAACGUGGAGGAGAUUGGCACUUGCUCUUACAUCAAUCACAUCAUCAACAUGACAACACUCUACAUUCAACAGCUCAAGAGCAAGACCAAAGAGAAGGAGAUGGUAGACCAGAGUCAGGCGGAGGAGUUUGUCCGUCAUGCACUGGCAUUCUGUGAAAGCCUCUACGACCCUUACCGCAACUGGAGGCAUCGAUCUUGCGGGGAGCAGCUGGGUACAGUCGAGAGGAGCAGACAGAAGUACAAGGCAGCUCCACUCACUGUUGAGUUCGUUCCCUUCUUUUACCAGUGCUUCCAGGAGAGCGAGCACCUGAAGGAGAGUCUGAAAUGCUGCCUGCUGCACUUGUUUGGAGCUGUAGUAGCUGGUGAUCAGAGGAACGCUCUGUUUGCCAUCUCUCCAGCCACCAUGGAGGUUUUAAUGCGGGUGCUGGCCGACUGCUCCAUGGGUAGCUGCCCCUCAGACGAGGGCGAGGACUGGGACAGUGAGGCCCCCGACCGAAAGGCCCUGCUGACUCUUGGGUGCCUGCGAGAGGUUGUACAGCGCCUCCUGGCCUCCAGCUCUGAUCAGCGGCAAGUGGAAAUAGCCUCAGUCCUGGAAAACUACUUCAAGCUGCUCAACUCAGACCCGGCAGCUGUGGUUGCUGCUCUACAGCAGCAGCAGCAGGCCAAGGGCAGAGUGCCAACACUGGGCCGUCACUGGGAGAGCCGAUUUGUGGCGCUGCAAGUGAACAUGCUUGACACUAUCAGGGACAUGUUCCUGUGUUCAGACAGGCCAGUUCUACAAGCCAUCUUCCUCAACAGUAACUGUUUCGAGCAUCUGACACGACUGCUGCAGAACAGCAAGGUGUUUCAAGGGCGACUAGACUCCCUCGCUGUAGCAACCAUCAAAGCCCUGACAACAGUGAUGCACAAAUCACCAGCUGCAAAGGAGGUAUUCAAGGAGAGGAUUGGCUACAAUCACCUUUAUGAAGUGCUCAUCUCACUCGGCCAACCGUCCCGACACCUUCUGAAAGAGCUUAUGAAUAUGGCGGUGGAGGGUGAGCACACCUCAGUGGGGCUCCUGGGCAUCAGUAAUGUGGAGCCCUUACUACUGCUGGUCCAGUGGCUCCCGGAGCUGGACUUAUCUGAGCUGCAACUUUUUACGGCCGAUUGGCUCCGACGCCUCAGCUGCCUUAAUCGCCAGACCCGUGCCACAUGUGUCAAUGCCACCAUGGUCAUGCGAGCACUGGCCGCUCUGGAAAGCCAUCAACGACUACAUCGAGCUUGUGCCGAAAGCCUACUGGGCCUGGUGGGCUCACUAGGUUCCCAGUCCUUGAGUUCCAGGGAAUUGUUGGGGCUCCUGCGCCUCCUCAGACCCCCAGAGUCUAGCCAAGCACACCCCUAUGUAGGUCCUGCCCUGAGAGCCCUCCUGGCCAUGGUACGAAAACAGGGCUUGGAGAGUGCCAUGCAGUACUUUGACCUGUCACCCAGCAUGGCAGGCAUCGCGGUACCAACUGUGCAACGCUGGCCAGGCUCUGCCUUCAGCUUCCUUGCGUGGUUGUCACUUGACCAGGACCAGUUGGGCCCACCCAGCAAGGACAAGAGGAAGCAGCUCUACAGCUUCUUUACCCCGGGAGGGACGGGGUUCGAGGCCUUUAUUAGCUCAGCAGGCGUGCUGGUGGUGGCCGUAUGCACCAAGAAGGAGUAUGUCACUGUUAUGCUGCCAGACAACUGCUUCUGUGACUCUCUCUGGCACAGCAUCGGUGUGGUGCAUGUACCAGGAAAAAGGCCAUUUGGACAAAGUCUUGUCUACAUUUAUGUUGAUGGACAACAGAAACUGUCUGCCCCUCUGAAGUAUCCCACCAUGACAGAGCCAUUCACGUCCUGUUGCAUCGGCUCAGCAGGCCACCGCACCACGACGCCCCCGCCCUCCCAGAUUCCAGAUCCUCCCUUCUCCUCUACCACCACACCCACCACUCGCUCCUCGCUGGGCGGCAUCCUGUCGCCGCAGACCUGGGGGGGACUGCUCGGGGGAAAGCCUGAGUCUGUGACUAAGCUCAUCUCUGCAGGGACACAGGACAGCGAGUGGGGGAGCCCCACAUCCCUGCAGGGACAGUUGGGGAGUGUCAUGGUCUUCCAUGAACCCCUGCAGCCCAAUCAUAUAAAAGCCUUCUGUAGUUCUGGACCAAACUGCAUCUCUCCAUUCAAAGCCCAGGAUUCCGAACUUGGUGACCUCUCAACCAAAUUGCUGCUACAUUACUCACCCAAGGCUUGUAGAAACCCGAUCUGUUUAGAUCUGUCUCCAAACAUGCUUCAUGGACGCCUAACUGGCAACAAAGUUGUCAACUGGGAUAUCAAGGAUAUGAUCAACUGCGUGGGUGGCCUGCCAGUGCUCCUUCCCAUACUGGAGCAGUUGGCACUGGUGACGCCUGACCAACAUGGCAGUGAUCCUGCAGCUGGGUCUGAUUUCAUCACCCCUGAUGUGACCACGCCAGCUGAUGGAGACUGGGUCAUUCUCCCAACCAACAGAGCUUCAGAGGCUCGUCUGGAGAAGAAUCUGGUGGCCACCUUCUUGUUGGUGCUGAAGCACUUCCUGCAAAGACACCCAAUCAACCAGGAAAAUCUGCUCCACUCGCAUGGUGUCGGUAUAGUGGGAGCACUGCUUCAAAAGCUGCCGAUGGGUCACGUGGACGUCAGCGUGCUCGUCGCUAUGCAGCUGCUGAUAGAGCAGGUGACGUAUGAGAAGAACCAGGCUCUGCUGCUGCAGUUUCACACACAUCUGCUGUUCAAUUUCAACAUCUGGAACAAAGGAGACUUCCCUCUACGCAUUGGUCACAUCCAGUACAUGUCCACCAUCAUCAAAGACAACAGGAAACUGUUUAGGAAAAAAUACGGAGUACAGUUUUUGUUGGACACCAUACGUCUUUAUUACGGGAAGAACAGUAAUAAAGACACUGACCUGAGUGAGGAUGACAUUCGUACCGUCAGGGCAUCUCUCUGUGGCCUCAUCAAGUACUACAUCAGCAAGGGCAUGUCACAGGAGGAGAUGCAAAGCAUUCUGGGAUACAUUGCUGCCAUCGGAGAUGAGGACCAGCUGUGCAGCCUGCUGGAGUUGUUACUGAGCCUUUUUCAGAGCAGUCCGGCCAGGGACCAAAUCUUCCUGCUGCUCUUUGAGCCCGGGGCGGCGGACUCCUGCUACGCUCUGCUGCUGAACAGCAAACACUCAGACCGACUACGAGAGCUGGUCUUCAAGCUGUUUGAGCGCAUGUUGCGGUGCGAUCGCGUCUAUGAGAAGAACAAGCAGCGCUUGAGGCUGAGAGAGGUGGGCUACGCCGGCCUGUCGCUGCUCUUCUCUGAGCUUCACAUCACUCCGACCCUGAUCCGCUGUCUCCUCAACCAGGUCCUCCAUACAGAUAACAUGGUGAACUACAAGGACCUGAUGUCUCUGGUGCAGCUCACUCAUCGGGCCGGACCCACCGUGCGCCUCCUCGUCUGCAAGAGGGUUUACCAGCUGCUUCAGUCCCAACAGGAUGCUGCCAUCCAGAUUUCCAAGCAGCAAUGUUGGCAAGACACCCUCAUGCGGCUGUACCUGCGGGGUGAAGGGUCCUUGCCACUGCGGAGUUCUGACACCGUCAGCACCUGCAGCCUGGACCUCAGUCGGCACAGUGGCAGCAGCAUCAACCGCCUGGAGCUGCCGUUGGAGAGGAGGACACGGGCAGGCAGCGCUAGCCGCCUUGACCGGCUGGAAGAUGACCGGCUAAGCAUGGGAGACACACGCUCUGUGGACAGCCUGGAUAACGGGGACAUCAUAUCACUGCUGGACACGCCGUCUUCCUCUGCCUCCACUGAGCCACAACUCCACGUCAAGCCCUGGGUGGUUGGAAAGUCAGGCGGCCUGACGCUGGAUCUGUCCCACCUGCAGGGCUAUGAGGGCGCGGAGAGUGGCAGCCAAACACCGGGGAGCAUGCCCAGUACUCCGUCGCCAGUGGAGACUUCGAAGCCUUUCCAAGGAAGCUCUGUGGAUCGAGAGGCAUCUUCAUCCCUAACUGAAGACAGCUUCCUCUUCAGUGACAACAUCUCAUUGGGGGAAUCCUUCAACAAUGCUGAGCGGGCUGAGGAGGAGCUGUGCAACAUGCUGCUGGAGAUAGUGCUGUGUGUGAUGUGGCGAGGUGUAGAGGGUUCCGAUGAUUCUGCGUGGCUGGAGCGCGGCCAGGUCUUCUCAGCUCUCACCAAACUGGGAACUGCCAAUGAGCUGCUGCUUCCUGUCGACCAAAUCAAACUCAGUCUCAUGGAGCGCAUGUUGGAAUGGGCAGUGAGUGAUAACCGCGAGGCAUCAGCUGCCACGUUGCCACAACACACGGAGAACGCAGUGCGACUGCUCCACAUGGUACAAGACUUCCUGCAGGCAGAGGGCCUGGUCAAUCCUGCUCUGUGGACGGAGAAGGUGCUGGAAGAGACUGUAACGCUGAUGGACAGCCUCAUGGUGUGGUACUCUGCCGGUACUCAAUGGUUUCAGCUCUCCCAAGUUGGACUGAGAUUAUUGCUUGGCUUCAUGGCCCAGGAAGACCCUGAGGUGAGUGCAUUGGCCACGGCGAAGCUCAAUGGCGUCCUGCAGACCAAGGAGGUGUCCAGCCAGGAUGAAGCCUGCUACCUGCUGGGGAAGGUGGAGGGCAUCCUGCGACGCUCCGUCCAGGAGCAAACGGAUGACACCUACUCUUUCUUGGUUCCUCUGCUGCGAACGCUGCUCUCCAAAGUCCACCGGCUCCUCUACAUGGAGCUGCACCUCCCCCAGCUUCCUGACACCAACGGAAGCCCGUCCUUCUUUGAGGACUUCCAGCUGUACUGCAACUCACCUGAGUGGCGCGUCUACCUCGACAAAUAUAUUAUUCCGUACAUGAAGCAGUAUGAAAUAGAAACAUUCAGCCAGGGCCAUGAGACCAUGGCUCUGUACUGGAAGGAGAGCUACGAGGCCUUCAUGGUCAGCCUGCAUAAGAGAGAGAGGGAGAGGGGCGAGAGCAAGAUCCGCUUCCAGGAGCAAUUCGUGGAGCCCUUCUCACGCCGUAGCCGUCAGGAGAACCUACGCUACAACAGCAUGCUGAAGCAGCAGCACAGCCAGUACAGCGCUACCCUCAGGCAGUGGAAGGCAGCACGACGGGGCCUGGUGUGCGAGAGAGGCCCCUGGGCUGAAAGGCAGCAGGAUGAGAUGCACUGGAGGGUGUCCAGUGCUGAGAACUUCUCCCGCAUGAGGUUGAAGCUAGUUCGCAGUUACAACUUUGACUCUCACCGAGAGGCCAGCGCUCUGAGAGACAACCUGGGUGUCCAUCAUCAGCGUGUAAACCCAGAGUCUCUGCUGCUGGAGGCUGUGAAGCAGGUCAAAGUCAGCGACCUGGAAGAUGACAUCCUGGAUCUGCCGGAGGAUGACCCUGCUGCUGCUAGCAACCAGGCUGAAGCAGAGGAGGCAGGCCAGAAGGAGAAGCUGGUGCUGUGGGAGGACUGUGAGUUGGUGACAGUGGUGGAUGUGGUGCCCGGCCGCCUGGAACUCACCACACAGCACAUCUACUUCUACGACAACAGCCAAGAUAAGGAGAAGGAGGAAGGAGUGGGCCACGACUUCAAAUGGCCCCUCUCUCAGAUCCGAGAGGUCCACCUGCGCCGAUUUAAUCUGCGUCGCUCUGCUCUCGAGAUCUUUCUCAUCGACCAGACAAACUACUUCCUCAACUUCAAGAAAGAGGUGAGGAACAAAGUCUAUAGCCGCAUGUUGCUGCUGCGAUCGCUCGGUCUCUAUGGAACUCGCUCACCACAGGAGCUACUCAAAGCCUCUGGACUCACACAGAAAUGGGUGAACCGGGAGAUUUCAAACUUUGACUACUUGAUGCAGCUCAACACUAUUGCAGGCAGAACGUACAACAACCUGGCUCAGUACCCAGUGUUUCCCUGGAUUCUAGCUGACUACACUUCAGAGGAGCUGGACCUGUGUGAUCCUCGGGUGUUCAGGGACCUGUCGAAGCCAGUGGCCGUGCUUAACGAACGCAACGCCAAGGCUGUUAGAGAGAAGUAUGAAAGUUUCGAGGACCCAACAGGCACCAUCGACAGGUUCCAUUAUGGCACCCACUACUCAAACGCAGCCGGGGUGAUGCACUACCUCGUCCGAGUGGAGCCCUUCACAUCAUUGCACAUCCAGCUGCAGAGUGGACGGUUUGACUGCGCAGACCGUCAGUUCCAGUCCAUCCCAGCGACGUGGCAGACCCUGAUGGACAACCCCAAUGACGUCAAGGAGCUCAUCCCUGAGUUCUUCUACUUCCCAGAAUUCCUAGAGAACCAAAAUGGUUUUGAUCUGGGUCGCCUGCAGAUCUCCAAAGAACGGGUUAACCAUGUCAUCCUUCCCAAAUGGGCCAAGUCCCCAGAGGACUUCAUCUACAAGCACCGCAAAGCCCUGGAGUCAGAGUAUGUAUCAGCACACCUUCAUGAGUGGAUUGACCUGAUCUUUGGCUACAAGCAGAGGGGCCCUGCAGCGGAGGAGGCCCUCAAUGUCUUCUACUACUGCACAUAUGAGGGUGCCGUUGACCUGGACGCCAUCACAGAUGAAAAGGAGCGGAAAGCCGUGGAAGGCAUGAUCAGCAACUUUGGACAGACACCCUGCCAGUUACUCAAGGAGCCUCACCCAGUGCGUCUGCUUCAAGAGGAAGUGGAGAAGAGGAAAGCUCAGCUGGACUCGUGUCCUCUCAGCUUGUUCGAGCACCUCAGUGACCUCAAGUCCUUCUUUGUCGAGGGCAUCAGUAAUAAUGUGCCGAUGAUUAAGGCUGUGGUGCCAAAGAAUCAGUCUCAUUCCUUUAUCACCCAUGGGAGUCCUGACACUAUGGUGACGGUGAGUCAGAACUGCCUGGUUGGGACCCAUGGGUGGCUGCCUUACAACAAGAAUAUAUCCAACUACUUCACUUUCAUCAAGGACCCCACAGUGUCCAACACCAAGACGCAGCGCUUCCUGUCAGGACCUUUCGCCCCCAGCGUAGAGGUAGCAACAGGGCUGUUUGUGGUCUCCCAUGAUGGCAAGUUGCUCUUCAGUGGUGGACAUUGGGACAACAGCCUCCGGGUGACCUCACUAGUCAAGGGCAAGACUGUGGGGCAGCACAUCCGCCACAUGGACAUUGUGACCUGCCUGUCAACAGACCACUGUGGUAUCCACCUGAUCUCCGGCUCCAAGGACACAACCUGCAUGGUGUGGCAGGUUCUCCAGCAGGGUGGAGCUCCUGUGGGUCUCUGUCCCAAACCAGUUCAGGUUCUGUACGGACACACGGAUGAGGUGGUCAGCGUCAGUAUCAGCACAGAGCUGGACAUGGCUGUGUCUGGAUCACGGGACGGGACAGUGAUCAUCCACACGGUGCGUCGUGGUCAGUACAUGCGUUGCUUACGACCGCCCUGUGAAAGCUCCCUGCCGCUCUCCAUCCUCCACCUGGCUGUGUCCUGGGAGGGUCACCUGCUGGUCCACACCUGCCUCGAGGGCAAAGCUUCACUUAAGGAUAAAAAUGCUCUUCAUCUUUACUCUGUGAAUGGAAAGCACCUGUGCAGUGAGCCUCUGAAGGAGCAGGUGACUGAUAUGUGUGUGUCAGGGGAGUAUGUUGUCCUCGGCAGUGAGCAAGGUUACCUCUCCAUCCGUGACCUCUACAGUCUAACUCUGUGUGCGGAGCCCAUUGCCAUGCGGGUGCCGGUGUGUUGCGUCUCGGUCACCAAGGAGCAGAGCCACGUCCUGGUGGGUCUGCAGGACGGCAAGCUGAUCAUUGUUGCCGUGGGAAAGCCAGCGGAGAUGCGUUCGGGCCAGAUCACACGGAAGCUGUGGGGCUCCAGCAGGAGACUGACCCAGAUCUCUUCAGGGGAGACUCUCUACAAUACCCAGCACGACCACAACUGACCCAUCCCAGUCCCCAAUGUCCCUUAACCCUCCCCUCCAUGCACAUCCCACAUUCCUCACCCGGUUUGUCUCCAUACUUCUUACCAAACACUUUGCCUCAUUCUAUCCUUAAAAAAACCCUCUGUUCCUUCAGCACCUUGCCACAGUUUAAACGGGCAGUGGGAAGAUGCUUUGAGGGGCUUGAGCAUCAAUUAUCACAAAAUGUGCACAUACAUGUGUCUGUGCAUGUAGUCCUGCGUUGGAUUGGCCGUACGGCGCUGGCGUUGUCGUUCAAAUCCAGCAGUAGCACCAGCCUGAGCACCACCUUGCCACUACCCGUGACUUCUCUCUUCAUCCCUCAGCUUCUCACUGAUUUAUUUACAUCACACUACACAAUAUCGUGUCUGUUUCCUGUUGACAGAGGCACUGUAAAUUCUCUCAAAUCUGACAGGAUCUGUCAGCUAACUGCAAGAGAGUGUGUGUCCGCAGUGUGUUACCAUGCUCUCGAUAAAGAUAUAGUUUCAAGUGGCCUUGUUGCAUCCCCUUAGUUUGCCAUCGAUGCAAAGCUCGUACACAGCAGCCUUAUGCAGUAAGACAGCUCCAUCACUCAUAAGACCAAACUCUCUGCUUUUCCCAUGGGGUUUUAUAAAUGUGUGUAUCUGUGAUUUUCAUAUUUUCAGGGGUUUUUUUUGUGGAUUUCUUUGUUAUCUUGACAAAUUUAUGCAUGUGCAACUUGCCAUCUGUUCGUACACAUAGUGGUCUCAGACCAUUUUGAGGUUAAGUAGGAGACACGGUAAUGGAGAUGGUCUUUUUUAUGUUUGGACAUCGGUGACUUGUUUUGUUUAAGAAACAAACCCGUAAGAGACAGCAUCUGUCUUUCGUGUUAGCACGUCUCUUAAGAUAUAGUUUUGUAAGAUAAAAAGUGAAACACUACAUUCAAAAGUUUCCAUGUGAAGAUUUAUCACAGCAGUUCUCGUGUCACACGUAUCCCUCCGUUCUUCAUAGAAUGUUUUUUAAAUUACUUGAAUCCGUGUUUAUUUAUAAGUAAAAGUAGCAGUCUUUUUUUUUUAAAUCUCACUUUCGUCUCCUGAAUAUACAGACACCGGCACAUUUUAAAAACUCUUCUGACUGUUCACACACCUUGAAAAGAAGGAGAAAGAAGAAAUCCUCAAGGGCUCUAUGAGAUGUCAGUGUUAACAGCAAUAUAGCUCCUUCGCCGGGUGCCUGUCGAUGAUUUCUUCCAGUUUUUUCCCUGAACAUGUCGCUCAACCAGCCCUCUGCUGUAAAUCCGUCCUCCUAUAGAUUAGCUGGGAGAGAAAUGCACCCUUACUCUCUCUCCUUUCCUUCCAACUGCUCUUACUUGUUCCGACUAUUAUCAUUUAUUUUUUCACAUCUCAUUCUCCUUCCUGCUCAUUGUUUUUUUUUUUAUAUCCGGGGCAUCAAGAAGGUUUUUCUUGCCUUGCUCAGUUGGGACGUGUUGUUCUUGCGUCUUUACUCUUGUCACAUCCGAAUCAAACACAAACCACAGUAUGACGUGUCUAUGGUUGAGAAUAUGUUGAUUCCUAUUUUUGCACCAUAAUUGUGUGUGUGUGUGUGUGUGUG